AUGCAGGACAAUCAGCCGGUGCCAGACGCUGACAAAGUCACAGACACAACCCAGGAAGAGCCCUCCACUACAGACCAGGUCACAGACACAGCCUUACAGUCCAGGAGGCCUACAGGCACGGCCUCACCCAUCAAAGCCAAGAAGAGCGGGACACCCAACGUACACCGGUUGCGCCGGAUCAUCGCUGAGGAUGCUGAGUGGUCACUGGCCAUUGUGCCCCUGCUCACAGAGCUCUGUAUUCAGCACAUUAUCAAGAACUUCCAGAACAACCCUAUCCUGAAGCAGCUGCUCCCCCAGCACCAGCAGCAGGUCCUGGACCACCUGUCCCCAGACCUGCCUCUGUCGGUAACCGCCAACCUGAUCGAUGAUGAGAACUACUGGCGCCGCUGCUGCAUUCAGCGCUGGCCCGUGUGCCACGUGGCCCGGCACGGGGGCAGCUGGAAGCGCAUGUUCUUCGAGCGGCACCUCGAGCACCUGAUAAAGUACUUCAUUCCCGGCACCACAGACCCCUGCGUCAUCCUCGACCUGCUGCCGCUCUGCAGGAACUACGUGCGCAGUAUCCGCGUGGAUCAGUUCCUCCCGCCAGUUCGGUUCCCAUCCUCACCCCGGGACAGAGACCAAUCCGAUUCCGGCAGCGAGGGUGAGCUGGAGGAGCUCACCAUCGACCACUACCAGCUGUGUGACCUGGUCGCGGGCCUGCCACACUUGGAGGAGCUAGACUUGGUGUAUGGUGUCAAGGACUGUGGCAUGAACUUCGAGUGGAACCUCUUCCUCUUCACCUACCACGACUGCCACGCACUGGCGGCCACCAUCAAGGCGUGCCACACCCUUAAGGUCUUCAGGCUGACUCGGAGCAGGGUAGAUGACGACAAGGCACGCAUCCUGAUCCGUAGCCUCCUAGACCACCCUGCCCUUGAAGAGCUGGACCUGUCACACAACCUCAUCGGAGACCGUGGCGUGCGUGCUGCUGCCAAGCUCCUGAACCACAGCCACCUGCGUGUACUCAACCUGACCAACAACCAGGUGCGGGCCCCAGGCGCCCAGGCGCUGGCUCACGCCCUGGCACACAACACCAACCUCGUUAGCCUCAACCUACGCCUCAAUUGCAUCGAGGACGAGGGAGGCCAGGCAUUGGCCCAUGCCUUGCAGACCAACAAGUGCCUCACCACGCUGCACCUCGGGGGCAACGAGCUGUCUGAGCCCACCGCCACACUGCUGUCCCAAGUGCUCUCUGUCAACACCACGCUCACUAGCAUCAAUCUAUCCUGCAACCACAUUGGCCUGGAUGGUGGGAAGCAGCUCCUUGAGGGGAUGUCAGAUAAUCACACCCUCCUGGAGUUUGACCUUCGCCUGUCGGAUGUGGCUCAGGAGAGCGAGUACCUCAUCGGCCAGACCCUCCAUGCUAACCGUGAAGCAGCCCGCCAGCGGACCUUGAAUCCUGACCACUCCUUGUCGCCCCUCAGCAGUGGCCCUGAGAAUCCAGGAUGA